GUGAAUGCGGGACAGCAGCGCCGGGGCUCGGCUGCGGGCUGCGGGCUGGUGGCUGGUGGCUGGUGGCUGGGGCUGGAGGAGUCGUCCGAAUUUGUGUCCUCCCUCUGGCGCAGCAGUGGGGCAGCGAGGGCAGCGGGGGCAGCAGGGGCGAUAAAGAGCGUGGGGAGUUCGUUUCGGGAAAAGUACAGAAGUCGGCCUCCGGGUUUUCGGCAGUGGGCGAGCCAGUGAGGAAAGACAUGUUAUGAGAGAGAGAGAGAGAGAGAGAGGGAGAGAGAGAGAGCUGAAGAGGUUCGGCGGGAGCGCCAGGCAUGGCCAUGCAUGCACGCCCUGCUACGUGCGCUUGCCAUGGCGCGGAUCAGUCGCUGUCGAUGGGAGAUGAUGAGCGUCCAGCGUCCGGCGACGGAGGUCCGUCGGUUCGCUCGAUGGCGCUCGGUGGUGGCCAUGGCAUGGGCCGGUCGGUCGGCCAGUCAAGCACGCCGCAGCAGCAGCGGCAGCGGCAGCAGCGGUCUCACUCAAUCACUGCUGCUCGUCGUCGCUCAGUAGCUCACUAGUAGCUCACGCACUCGGUCGGGCGGGCAGGCAGGCAGGCAAGCAGGCGGGCGCUCGCUUACUCAGAGCCAGCUUCGAGCUUGUCUGCUAGCAACGCGAGCUCGAUCCGCUGGCCCAUGCACGAGGAGGGGGAGCGUGCAUGAGUCGUUCAGCUCAGCUCGCUUCAUUUCUCAUCCUCUGCCCCCCGCGGCUGGCCUCGAGUGGGGAAGUAUUUCUCCUCGCCCUUCCUUCGCCCUCUCGCAAGCGCCUCUCUGUGCAUGGGCCUCUGAUACGUGACGAUUCACAAAUCCCUUCUCGUCCCCGGGCCUAUGUGCCCUUUUCCCCUCUCUUCCGUUCCACGCACGGUUCGUGUCGUGGACUAGUUCUUCGGACCCCACGCAUCAUCCUGUGCAAUUUGGGGAAUUCUUUUUUCUAUGGCUCGGAACAGCGGCCGAGGUUUCCGACCGAGUACGCUUUAGGGGCAGUCGGAAGAACUUGGAGGUGACUCCAAAUGUUUUGUCGGCUUGUUUAUUCAUUUCUGAGCUCAUUUACUCCUCCGGACCUCUGUUAGUCGCCUCCCGUCUGCAUCACGAGCUCGUAAUUGAGCUACAUUCAUGCCUACACCAGUGACCGCAUCCGGUCGACAUAAGUGAACUUGACGGCAAGGCGUUUUCUUCGCGAUCUCAUCCACCAGAUUGUGUCAGCCGGCUCGUGAUCUACACUGUUAGUGUCAAGCCUCGGCAGCAUGGCCGAGUUGAGGUUGAUGGUGACGGGAGUCCUUAGAUUGGCCCAGCGACCGGUUGCUUGUCAAUUCCAGACGAGCACACUGCGGCCGCGCGGUUUCUACUCAGCAUGCUUGUGAUUUUCUCUCCGGAGUGAGGUCUUAGGGUUAUCACACGGGUCACAACAUCGACCUUCUCUUCAAUCCAGACGUCAGGCAGGCGUUAAGAUUUAGGUCGGCAGGGGCUGAUGAGCACACCGUAUCAACCGAUCAAGGACUUGCAGAUCUGAGCAGCUUACAGCCAUUUGUAGCUCUCACAGGCUGAAUUUCAAGCGAAGACCAUAGGCUGGGAAGAGCAGGAGAUCUUCGUGUGUGAUGGAAUGGAUUUUUAUAGCUUGAGCGGAGGAUGGAUCUUGGAUGAAUUACUGAUGAAUACUAAUGACUGGUGAGCGGUUUACUCGUCGUUUUUGAAAAUGGAUACUCGCAUGGAGCGGGCCGGACCCGUUCCGCGAAAGGUCUGCAUGAAUGUCAAAUGUGGUACAAGUAGCUCCAACAGUUGGAAACCGGGCUGGCAGCUGCGCUCGGGUCGAGCUUGCGAACUAUGUGAACCAUGCGGGUCUGUGUUCGACCAAGGGCGUUUUUGCGAGACUUUUCACUCCGAUGAUGCAGGUUGGAGAACAUGCAAUGCUUGCAAGAAGCGUGUACAUUGUGGAUGCAUCGCCUCGUUGUACUCAUUUGUUCUCCUGGAUGCUGGUGGGGUGGAGUGCUUUUCUUGUGCUACCAAAACUGCACCUGCAUUGCCCUUGAAGCAUUUACAGCACUCAGUAGUUCCUCCUGCCCCACAGCCUCAAAGAGUGGAUCCUCUAGCUGCUAGAGGCUGGAGUGAAACCUUUGGAGCCAGAGCAGCAAGGAACAUUGAAGUGGGGACGACCUGGCAGCCUUAUUCUUCAGCUUGGUACCCCCCAAACACUGCGGGAUUUCCGAUAGUGAGACUUCAGGCUGAACUUGAUCGACCUGUCGAAGGAAGCCAUGCCGAGCCAACUCUUAAAGGGUUGGUAAUCAGAAAUGAAGACGCUUACCCGGAAAGCAAAUUUCCGCCCACAAAGGAUUCCUCUGCGUCUGCCGAGCAUCCACGGGGAGACUCACCUGAUGGAGAGCUACACGCGGUGGAGAGUAGCCCAACAUGCUUCUCUAGAGAUCCGGGUGCUGUCGGACCAGAUAAUGUACAAGGUGAUUGUGAUGGAGAGUCAUUGCGAGUUGGUGUUGCGACGUCAAUUGGUUUGGAGAAUAUAAUCGGAAGUUCCGGUAAAGUUGGUGUUGAUGUGACUCGAGUAAUUACGGGAAAGAGUUUGUUUCCGACUCAGGACCUACUUAAUGCUGGACCUUCCACAGGAUUAAGCAUGUCUAUCGGAACAUCUGCCAGGAAGGAAGGUGCGGGCGAGGGAAGCCAACAAGGAGGUAUAUUGGGACCAGCUGGUGCGCUUACUACGCCAGCUGGUGCUGGAUCGUCUGGUGUAAGUGCGGAGUCAAGGGAUCUGGCCUCUAAAUUUACCGGAUUGAGUCCAUAUCGUUCCCGACACAGACAACUUCUACCUCGACCAUACCAUGCAGGGACAGCUUCUCCGAAUUCUAAUGCUGAAGUGAAAAGCAACGAAGCCGGAUCAGUGCGAGUUGCUCGCCCACCAGGUCAAGGAAGGGGCCGCAACCAGUUGCUACCUCGGUACUGGCCGCGUAUAACCGACCAAGAGCUUCAGCAGAUAACUUCGGGAGAUUCAAACGCGACCAUCACACCCUUGUUCGAGAAGAUGCUGAGUGCAAGUGAUGCUGGUCGUAUCGGGAGGCUGGUCCUUCCAAAAGCUUGUGCAGAGGCUUACUUUCCUGCAAUCUCACAACCAGAAGGUCUGCCUAUGAAAAUUCAAGACAUUACAGGAAAGGAGUGGCUAUUUCAGUUCCGUUUCUGGCCCAAUAACAACAGCAGGAUGUAUGUCUUGGAAGGUGUCACCCCCUGCAUACAAUCAAUGCAGCUGCUCGCGGGCGAUACUGUCACGUUCAGUAGACUAGAUCCAGAAGGAAAACUUGUCAUGGGUUAUCGACGAGCUCCAGCUUUGCUUACUUCUCAGGAUCCUAAGACGGCCACGAGGGGCACCUCCGCUAAUGUGUCUAAGGGUUUAAGUUGUGGAAGUAUUGACGGCCUUUAUGCCAGUACUGGAGCAUCGUUGCUUUCUGUCAGUGCAAACGCAGAAGCACGAAAUAAGUCAGGCCAGAGCGAUGUGUCAGACUCAGGGUAUGGAUGGUCUAAAGCUGAGAAAGGCAUGGGAAAGGAAGGCUCAAUGCUCGAAGCCUUGUCGCAGGUGGAUAGAAAGCAGCGAGGGCGUCCUCUUGGUGGGAAGAGUAAGAGGCUUCGCUUAGAAAAUGAAGACUCUUUAGAACUGAAGAACAGUUGGGAAGAAGCUCAAGAAUUACUGAGACCACCCCCAUCUGUGGUGCCAAGUAUUGUGACCAUUGAGGGUCAUGAGUUUGAAGAAUAUGAGGAACCACCAAUUUUUACCAAGCGGACAAUCUUCACCUCAAGACAGUCUGGGGAACAGGACCAGUGGGCCCAGUGUGACGAGUGUGGUAGCUGGAGAAGAGUCCCCCCAGAGGUCCUAGUAACAGCGAGAUGGACUUGUACUGAUAAUACUUGGGAUCAUAAAAGGGCGAUGUGCAGUGCACCCCAGGAGCUGAGCAAUGAUGAUGUUGAUCACCUUUUGGGGCUUAUUCCGGGGGAAGAAUUUGCGAUUCCAGAAAAGAACGAUACUAAAGCGGUAGGUUCUGGGCCUAUGGUGGUGGAGACUUCAGCUGGUUUGGAUGCUUUGGCGAUUGCAGCAGCUAUGGGGGAAACUGGUAGAGUUUCAACCUCACCAUCGUCUCCUGCACGAACCACUAAGCAUCCGCGGCACCGGCCUGGCUGUACUUGUAUUGUUUGCAUACAACCACCAAGUGGGAAAGGUCCUAAACACAAACAGAACUGCCUGUGCAAUGUUUGUGUCACCGUUAAAAGACGGUUCAAAACUUUAAUGCUGCGUCGCAAAAAGCGGCUGUCUGAGCGUGAAGCAGAAGGUUACGUAAGGAGGAAACGCAAAGAUGAUGUCGAGGUCAGCAGCAGUUCGAAACUGGUCACUGAUGCUGGUUCGUUAGCGGAUGGUGGCUCUAGGCAUGAAAGUUCGGGUGGUGGAACCGUUGUGGAGGGACCAAGAAGAGACGAUGCCUUGGUUGCAGAUAUUAGCAACAGUUCAGGCUUAACAGCAUUUGGAUUAUCCUUCCCGAGCACAAACGCAGGGGAAGAUGCUCUUGUGAGCAAAGGACAAAUUGAUCUUAAUAGCCAGCCAGAGCGGGAGGAGGAACCUACGAAACUGGGUAGAGUAAGCAUGAAACAGCUGUUACAGGAUGCAAGUCAGCCUCUUGAUACAUAUUUGAAGCAGCAAGGAAUGACCAGUCUUUUCGGUAGUCAGGCAGCCGAGACUUCAGGUGCAGUAGGACACUGCGGAGGCAAUAGUGAGAAGAAGAGUGAUGAGCAGAGUAGCAGCCAGUGUCAAGAUCACUCGAAUGAAGAAGCUUCUCAGACUUCCGCCAGGAUUCAAGGAGACAGUGCUGGUAUCCCUAAUCAGGUCUCCAAUCAAAUAUCAUGAGUAUUCUGGUGACUCUAUACAUUCCAGUACAUCUAAAGAAGACCCCUUGUUAGCUGAGCUUGGUGCAACAGCACCUGCAAAGAUGUUUGCCACGGGUUCUGGAAGAGGACGGCAGAUCUGCAGUGGCUGUCAUCAGCCUAUUGGUUGAGCUGCUAAGGUUUGCAGGCGCUGUGGAACACGCAUCACCUUGGGUAAGAAGAGAAUAUCAAGGGGCCUACCCUCCACAGAAGUCUGAAUAAGUGCUCAUGACUACCUCCUGAUGGGAUGCCGACGAAAGGAGGAAAGGGUUGAUGCUGAAGAACUCUCCGCUGUUGUAACAGGUUUCUGGAGAGGUUUGCUUUGUUGAUGGAGUUUCUCCUCCCGACGUGUUCUAGAAUUCAUCUUGGUCUUCAAGAUAUCUGUAAUGAUUGUAUUUGUAUUGUGGGUUACUCACUUGUUCCCUUCACAACUCGGGUAGUUUUAUUAUUGAAGAAGCUGGAAAGUCAACUAUCAAUGUUGUAGGAAGAGAUUAGGUCGACGAACACGAGUCCGUCAUGUAGAUGAUAAAUUGACUUAGGAAUUCUAAUUGUGACUACUGUAAUUAAUUUUGUAGCCUACAUUGGUCAUCAGAUCUUCAUUGUCAAGCUUUUGCCUGGUACCUAUUUUUUAAAAUAUAUUGUUACUCAUUCUUGAGGAGCCCUUUGAAGCUCUUCCAUCGUUCACUUCAACUGCUAAGGCUUCACCGAAAUUUAUAGAUCAAGCGUUUUGAAGCUCACAUGUGUCUUUGAACGUGAUAGUUUGAUGUGCUUUUUAGCUCGCGCGGAUAUAUCUUUCGUUGAGUAGUUGUUGGCGAAUAGGAAACGAUGUAAGUUGGCUCGAAUCAUGGUCAGGAAUAGCUGCACUGAUUUUUGAGAAAAUCAUUCACUACCUGUCAAUUGAAUAUGACUUU